AUGCCUCAAAUCACAAAUACUCCCGAGUCUCUGCUCCCUCGCACCGACUCUCGAAACCCGGCCACCACCUGUAGAGGCAUCACAGCAAAUGGUCGGCCCUGUCGCCGGGGGCUAGCAGCAACCCCGAGAAAGGGACCAUGCUAUGGCACAGAUCUAGCCUCGCUGUAUUGCUGGCAGCAUAAGGAUCAGGCGAUGUCCUCCAUAGCAUGCAGCACUUCCAAUGCUCAAGUCGAGCCCAGAACCAGCAUCGACACCCUGAUGGACCGGCUGGGGGUUCUUGAGAUCAAAGAUGAGCAACCAGUCUCCCACAAGACCCAUCGCAGGGGCUCCAAGAUCACAAGUAGCGCGAACUGCGGCGAGAAAAAGAAGCGUCGACCAGCACCCAAGAGAACGUUCUGCUGCUUCGAGGUUGUCGACGAAGACGAUGAGGACUUCCAGCCUCCUUCAAAACCUGUCCAUACAACUCUACCAACUCGCCCGGUACCAGGGCUCUCGCUAUCUCCUCAGAGUCCCUACCAGCGAGCUCCGCGACCAAGCAAUGCCGGACCCCCGCACUAUGUGCGAGUACCCUCAUCUCCCAGGCCGCGAGUAUCUUCCGCUCCCACCAGCUCGAGGGAUGGUCGUCGCCACCACAAGAACUCAUCAUCGUGCUCCUCGCACACCCAGUCCCUGCUCUCAUGGAUACCGUCGACGCUCUCGCCCCAGACGACCUCGCUUUUACUCACCGAGAUGGCCAAGCCCAUCUCCAGCGCCGACGAAGAAGGAUACAUCUACAUGUUCUGGGUGACGCCUCCGACAACAGCCAGUCCUCGGGGUAGCUCAGCGGCCCGUCCAUCGAGAGAAAUAGCAUCGUCGUUGCUCCCUGCCGACCCGGGGCCGUCGAGCACUCUCCGCCCACCAGCCCAACCACGCAGCGUCAGCGAGGCCAUCCGCGCUGCACAGGACCUCAAUGCCCUAAUCUCCAGUCCAACAUCUACCUCGCCGGGGACACUCCGGCUCAAGAUUGGGCGCACGGGGAAUGUUCAUCGCCGGCUCACGGAGUGGACCAGACAGUGCUCACACGACCUCACCCUGAUCCGCUACUAUCCAUACAUGCCAUCUUCAAUAGGACAACACGCGUCUGCUUCUGCAUCUACAUCUUCUUCUCCCGCGCGCAGACCCCCAUAUCGGCCCCGCCCAGAUCAGCAAAAGCACAACUCUGCCGAGGCCGGGAUGCCAGGAUGUAAAGUCCCGCAUGUUCAUCGUGUGGAGCGACUCAUUCACCUAGAGCUUGCGGAUCUACGCGUGCGUGACCUGGGUCGGUGUGGGGAGUGUGGCAAGGAGCAUCGCGAGUGGUUUGAGGUUGCGGCGGCGAAGGAGGCGCUGCGGGGGGUGGAUGAGUGUGUGCGGCGGUGGGUUGCAUGGGGGGAAUCGGUGUAG